AUGGCUCUCGUUUCGUCCAAAACACUCAUUCAGGCACAUGCCGUACUCCUGAUUAUCAUUGCCGGGUAUCUAGUCAAGAACCCCAACUAUAUCACCGACUCCGACCUGGUGUUUAUGAUGGGCGAGGCCUUGAAGAUUGACUUCCCCGUCGCUACGAGUCCCGCACAAUCAGCUUUCGUCUUCUGUUCUGUCCUGCUCUUUGCCGCUGCCUUAGUCGACAUGAUCCUCCUCUCCAGCCUCCCCUUCCACGAAGCCCUCGACGAGGCCCUGCCGUAUAUUCGACCCCUGCGAAACUCAAACCUGCCGGCCGAGGACCUCCAGGCGCUAGCCAAGCUCCCCGAGUAUAUCACACGGUCUCUGACAAUGUACUGGAACGUGUGGGUCAGCAUUUCCGCCCUGCGGUUCGCCCUGUACGGCGGUAUUUCUUUCUUCAUCUACCAGGCCCGCGGGAGCUACCUGUUGUCGUCGUAUACCUCCAAGAUGGCUCCUUCGGGAUUGGAGCAGUUGAAGAGCCGUGUAGUCUUCACGUAUGCGUUUAUGGAAAUGAUGGUCUGGUUCUGGGUGUUUGUGACAUGCCGUGAGGAACGCCAGCAACGAUUGUCCAAGCUCCUGGAGGAUGCUCGCGAGGAGUCCAAAUAG